GUUUUUUCUAGUGGUACUUCUUUGAAUUUUACGUUUGAAGGUUUUCUAUAACUAUCACAAAGUUUUUUUUUUGUUCUAUUUUUUUUUAUUUAAACCCGUAAGUAAUUUCUUGAACAGGUUAAAAGUACGUUGCCUGCAUUUGCUCGGGACCGACAUAGCCUCGCAGUGACUGUGGGUGGUGUAUGGUGGUGCAUCUGCACGAAGGCUUUUCAAAGGCUAGUAAGUCCACUCUCCUCUUUCAAGUCAGUAGCUGGGACGGGGAAUCAAUAGGAAAAGCAUUGGGAAUUUCCCCCAGAUGUAUAUCUGAUGAAUAUCCUCUAAGCCAGAACUAAAGCACAGGACACUUCCAUGAAUCUCAAGAUGCUUGUCGUUUAGGGCAUGUGAGUGGAAGCGACGCUGAAUCCUCUUGGAAUUAUGUUUCAGAAUAUUUUUGUCUUUUGUGUAAAUGUCUUCUGCCUUAUUUACACGGCAUCAUCUCUGCAGCUGCAACAUAGCAUGCCAAAUGUUUGCACUGACCAGAAGAUGUUCGUGCUGGGGAAACGUCAGCCAUGUGUCCAUGCUUUUACCCACAUGGUGAAGGUGUGGAAGCAGGGCUGCACAAGCCAUCUAUGGUGUUCAAGAUAUGAAAGGAGGACAGCAUACUACAUGACCUAUCAGCAGGUGUAUGGUAUGGUUUUGCACACAGUCUAUGAGUGCUGUCCUGGCUGGACUCAGAAGGACGAUGAGAUGGGCUGCUUUCAUAGAAUGCGCAAUGGAGACUCUUGUCACAAUGGAGGAAGAUUUGCAGAAACCGGGGAUCGGAUUUGUCUUUGUCCUUCAGGAUUUAAAGGGACGUAUUGCCAGUAUGAUGUGAACGAGUGUGAAUUUAAUAAAGGAGGUUGUGAGGGACAGUGCUGCAACACCAUUGGUAGCUAUUAUUGCAAGUGUUCUGAAGGGAGCAGACUGGGGUCAGAUGGCAGGAGCUGUGAUGAUGUAAAUGAGUGUGAGGAGUUCAAUGGAGGAUGCCAGCAAACGUGCAUCAACACAGCAGGUUCUUAUCACUGCGAAUGCAGCAAAGGAUUCCGCAUGCACACAGAUGGCCGGACCUGCAUCGCUCUGAAUUCUUGCUCCAUCCUGAAUGGUGGAUGUGAGCACAAGUGUGUUGACAUGGGACCCAAUCAUUACAAAUGCGAAUGUCAGAGGAACUAUAAGCUGAAGAGAGAUGGGAGACACUGUGAACUGAGGAACCCCUGUCAGGACAACAAUGGAGGCUGUGCCCAGCUCUGUCAUUUCAAUGUUGGCCAUGCAAGCUGCAGCUGCCAGUCUGGUUUCAGAUUGGCCAGAGAUGGCAGAAACUGUGCAGACAUCGAUGAGUGCAGCUCUGGUUCAGCCAGAUGUUCUCAUGGUUGCGUCAACACGGUGGGAUCCUUCAGAUGUGUAUGUCAUCCCGGAUUUGAGCUUGGUGCUGGUGGCAAGCAGUGCUACCGCAUUGAGAUGGAGAUUGUGAAUAGCUGUGAGAAGAACAAUGGAGGGUGCUCCCAUCAUUGUGAGCAUACCACCGGUGGUCCCCUCUGCUCCUGCAACCAUGGCUACCAGCUGAGCCACGACAGGAAGACCUGCAUAGAUAGCGAUGAGUGUGCCAGUGAGGAGUCCUGCUGCACCCACGUCUGUAGAAACUACCCCGGUGGCUACGACUGCAGCUGCAGAGCUGGCCUCACACUGAACCCAGACGGCUGCGGAUGUGAUGACGUUGAUGAGUGUCUGGCAGAAACAUCUGGCUGCGAGCAUUACUGCGUCAACACCUUAGGAUCAUACAAGUGUUUUUGUCCAAAAGGCUUCCGCUUGAACCAUGACAAGCAUUCCUGCAUCUCGCUGAAUGGAGAAGAAGAACUGGAAGAAGAAGAGGAGGAAGACAAGGAUGAGAAGCAGCUAGAACUUAGUCGGUUUCAAGAUUUGCUGCUUCAUGGGAAUCCUCAGCUCAUGCACUACACGUCAGCCCUGCGCUCCCAUCCCAGUGUCUAUGAUGCUGGUGUUCGUGACAGUAAAGAAGAUGUAGAGAUGCAGAGAGGACCCAGAGGAGAGCUGAUGCUGGAUAGUCACAUAGUGUGUCUAGGGGGCUUCUUUGGGGAUGACUGCACUUUAAGCUGUAAAGAUUGUGUGAAUGGAGAGUGCACAGAAAGCAAAGAUCGAUGUCAUUGCUCACCUGGCUGGACUGGGAUUAUCUGCAAUAAAACAUGUCCAAAGGGAACCUAUGGGCAGGCCUGUAUCAGUUUAUGCCUCUGUCAGAAUGGAGGCUCAUGUGACCCUGUGACCGGGAGGUGUUUGUGCCCCCCUGGGGUUGAAGGACGGUUCUGUGAGGAGGGUUGUCCAAGGGGCUAUUUUGGGCAGCACUGCAAAGCAAAGUGCAAAUGCCCCAACAAUGGACCUUGCCACCGGUUACAUGGAGCUUGCCUCUGCUCCCCUGGGUUUUACGGUCGUUUUUGCCAUCUUGUUUGUCCUAGGUGGACUCACGGAGCCGGCUGCUCCAAGGAAUGCGACUGUGAUCGAGAACAUUCUGCUGGCUGUGACCCGAAAACGGGGAGCUGUUUCUGUAAGGCUGAAUUCCAAGGCCCACAGUGUGACAGAGCUUGUGGUCCAGGCUUCUUUGGUGCUGGCUGUGAGCAGACAUGUGACUGUCCAGGCGGAGGGUCAUGUGACCCCACAACUGGAGCGUGCAUCCAGAGGUGUCCUGCAGGCUUUCAUGGGGAUCGGUGCAAACUAACCUGUCAAAUGGGAAACUACGGAGAAAACUGUGGCCUGACUUGUGAGUGCAGUGGAGCUCCGUGUGACCACAUAACCGGACAGUGUCUCUGUCCUGCUGGGAAGACGGGAAGCUCAUGCCAGGAAGACUGCCCUGAUGGAUUCUGGGGGUUGAAGUGCCAUUAUUCGUGUCCUAUUUGCGAGAACAGCAGCUCCUGCAACAAGAAAACUGGUUUGUGUGACUGCAAGUCAGGAUUCAUGGGAAAACGCUGCCAAAAAGAGUGUCCAGCAGGUUACUAUGGCCCAGGCUGCAUGAAUCCCUGUUACUGCCCCCCUGAUUCCAGAUGUGAUGCACAGAAUGGACACUGCCACUGCCCUCCAGGCAAACGAGGCCAUGACUGUGUAACAUUGUGUGAACCUGGAUUCUGGGGUCAAAGCUGUGUGAAUAGAUGCCAGUGCCAGGGUCCCUCUGUGGGCUGUGAUCCAGUGGACGGCCGGUGUGUGUGUGAAGCAGGAUACAGCGGAGACCUCUGUGAAAAGAGUUGUGUGAAUGGCAGUUAUGGUCCAGGCUGUUCUCAGCGGUGCCAGUGUCAGAACGGAGCGCUCUGUGACCAUGUCAGCGGAGCCUGCACAUGCUCCCCUGGAUUCACUGGAACAUUCUGUGAAAGAAUUUGCCCGGACGGCUUUUACGGUCUUGACUGUGGCCAGAUGUGCGAGUGCAGGAAUGGUGCCCGCUGCCACCACAUCACAGGAGCCUGCCUGUGCACCGCUGGCUGGGCAGGACCACACUGCAUUCUGGUCUGUCUCGCUGGCACGUUUGGACAGAACUGCAGCCGGCUUUGCCAGUGCACUGAACUCCAUGACUGGUGCCAUCCAGUGACGGGCACAUGCAGCUGCUCACCUGGAUAUUAUGGGAAACGCUGUGAACUUCGAUGCCCAGCGGGUUCUUUUGGACCAGGCUGUAAGUCCAGAUGCAGUUGCAUCAAUGGAGGCUCUUGUGACUCGAGGACCGGGGCUUGUUACUGCUCCCCUGGUUACAUUGGAGCUUACUGCAGCAGAAGGUGUCCUCAGGGAUAUUAUGGGAGGAACUGUGUCAAGCAGUGCUUCUGUGGAGAAGGUGGGCAGUGCAACCCAGCAACGGGGAGGUGUAUUUGCGGCCCCGGCAGGAUGGGGAUGACCUGCCAACAAGCAUGUCCGAGGGGACGCUACGGCCCGCAGUGCAGGAACGCCUGCAGCUGUCAGAACGGGGCUUUAUGUGAUCCUGUUGAUGGCUCUUGUAAGUGCGGACUGGGCUGGAUUGGACCUCGCUGCGACACAGCCUGUUCGCAGGGCAAGUAUGGGCUGAAUUGUGCAGAAGACUGUCAAUGCCUCAACAAUGGGACCUGUGAUCGUUUUACAGGCAGCUGCAGCUGCGCUGCUGGGUACUAUGGCUUCACCUGUCAACACACGUGUCCUUCAGGAUAUCAUGGAGUGAACUGUUCCCAUGCAUGUUACUGCAAGACGGGGCAAGAUUGUGACCAUGUGACAGGAAAAUGCAUCUGUGCACCAGGCUACCAUGGCCCACAGUGUCAAAGAAGGUGUGAAGCUGGCAGGUUUGGAGCGGGCUGUGCUCAGUUGUGCGACUGUGCUGAUGAGGCUCCAUGUGACCCACAAACGGGACGGUGCCUGUGCCCCCCUGGACGGACAGGACAACGAUGUGAAAAACACUGCAAUGGAGACCAUUUUGGACCGGACUGCUCCCUACAGUGUCACUGUUCCCACAGCGCUCGCUGUGACGGGGUUAGUGGCAGAUGCAUGUGUCCGCUCAAUUGGAUUGGCCCAGUUUGUACUGAAGCAUUUCCACACCAAAUUUCAGGGGCAGCCAGAUUUUCUGAAAGUCGCAGACGAAGAAGAGGAGGCAGCAAGGCCCCAUGACUCAAGCAAAGGUGCAAACUCCUGAAAAGUAGGACCUGGGUUGGCAAAGCAUCACUCUAAUUAACCUCGGAAAGCUGAUGUUGGUCUGUGGAGCGGGUGCUCAGCGUUCAGACUGGCACUCAAUCACUUAGCUGGAAGGAAGGUCUAGACAAUCAAGCACAGGACCAGGCAUGUGAGACUUCUUCAAAGGACCAAAAACUCAAAGCUCACCCAGUCUGUUGAAGAUUUAAAGGCCAAAGUUGCUCCGGCUUUCUAGAAAUGGAGACACUCGCCUCACAAUUGUUACUGUUCUUGAUUUAAAAGGGAUCAUUUUUGAUACUUGACAGGUUUGUAAGAGUUCAGGCUCUUAAAAGCAUGCUGACAAAACCUGUGACCCAGAGUGACCACUACCAGAAUGUGGUUUUAUAGACAGACUAAAAGAAAAUUUACUGGAGAAAAAAUAGCAGCUUGUGUUUCACUGAACAUUUUAUUUUUUUGGGGAAACUAAACAGGAAAAGUUGUGAAAUUGUGGUUAACAUAAGCAAAGUUUCUAUUCAGCAGAAGAAAACUUUUGCUAAUAUGAGCCUUAGAACUUUAAUUGAGAAUUACAUUUUCAUGCAUGUGACAUUUACAUGUUAAUUUAUAGAGGUUAAGGAUUUUUUAUUUUUAUUUAAGAUAUCGUUUUUAACAAUUUGUAUCUCUGAACUCUUCUCUUUGCUCAGCCUGAAACGGUUUUCUGCAUUCGUGUUUCAAGACUUCUGAUUCUUAAAUGUAUUCCUACUCAUCCUUAAACGUUUACUGUUACGCUGCAUUCCAGCAACCGUUUUGCUCAGGUCUGUUCCCUUUAUCAUCAUGGCCUGGAAAGUUUGUGGCAUUUCUGGUGCAAAAGUAACUAAAACCUUUUUUUGUAAAACUGGAAGCAAUAAAUUCUAAAUGUUAAAGAUGUGUUUCAAGUGUUUGGGCAGGCCUACAUUUUCAUUUCCAUGUUUGUAAGAGUAAAUAAUAAUAAAUGAA